AUGGGACUCCAACAAUUACGCAAGAAAGGAAUGCGAAUUGAAAGUGCCACCAAAGGACUGGAUGAGCUCAACAAUGAAAAUCCAGUCAACAAAAUGGGUAAAUACUCCUUUAAAAACAUGAAGAAAAAACCUGAGGCUGGCAAGCUCCGGUCAUGUUACUACUGCGGACAAGACAUCAAGACAUCCGUUAUUGCUCACCUCAAAUCCUGCAGAGCACGAACCAGCAAAUGUAACUUCUGUGAUGCAAUUGGACACUAUGAAACUGUAUGUAGGAAGAAGAAAGCAAUCAAUGAACUGAAGAACAACAGCGAACAACAAGAACAUCAAAUCGAAGAUCAUGACCAAAGCGGCGUCUACAGCAUCAACAUCUUGAGAAUAACCGAAACACCUCAGCAACAACAACCUCAUAAGAGACGCAUGAAAACCAGAGAUUUCAACGCACAAGUCAUCAUCAGCAAUAGCCUUGCAAAAGUGUUGGCUGACACAGGUGUAAGUAGCAGCGUCUGUGGAAGAGAGCAAGCACAAAAAUGGAACCUCCUGUCCAGAAUGGUACCAACCACGACCAAAGCCAAGCCAUAUAACAGCCCGACAAUAUCAGUUAUUGGAAUUGCCAAAUGCGCUGUCACAUUUGGCUCCACAUCUAUUCCAGUUGAUUGGCACAUAAUUGAUACACCAUGUGAACCUGUACUUGCAGGACAAAGUGCAGUACAACUGGGGAUAAUCCAGUUUGACCCUCAGGCCGAUGUUUACCAACCAGUACGGAUGAUCCAGUGUAGCAAAAAGGAAGCGCUUCAAGACAUCUUAAAGAAAUAUCCGCAGAAUUUUGAAGAACUUGGAAAGUUGAAAAACCACCAAGUUAAACUGCAUGUCGACACCAGAACAGAGAUUGACAAGAUGGUAGCCCAAGAUGUCAUCGAAGAACAUCCACCAACAGAACCAGCACCUUGGGUGUCAAACGCAGUUAUUGCACCCAAAUCGGACGGCGCCAUCCGUAUGACCCUUGACGCUCGCAAUGUGAAUAAAGCGAUCCAAGCUUCCAACCUGCCCAUCCCAAGGCAAGAAGAAAUUAAAGCUAAACUUAGCGGAGCGAAGGUGUUCUCGAAGAUGGAGUUUAAAUCGGCCUUUUCGCAACUUGAACUCCACCCAGAUUCCCCGUACCUUACGGUGUUCCACGCAAACGGUAAACUAUACCGAUAUAAGCGACUCACCAUGGGCGUAAAGCCAGCACAAGGAGAACUUAACAUGGCUCUUCAACCGCUUUUCGCACAUAUUCCACAAGCACACCUCAUCCAUGAUGAUCUUAUUGUUGCAACAGAAACCGAUGCAGAACACCAUUCCAUAGUCAUGCAAGCCAUCACUAACGCUGGUAUAACCCUUAAUCCAAGCAUGUGCACUUUCGGAGCCACUGAGAUCGAAAUCUGGGGUUUGCGUAUUGGUUCCGCAGGAGUACGACCAGAUCCCGCCAAAUUAGUGGAAGCACUAAAGCACAUCACACCGCCUCGAUCAAAGGAACACAGUUUUUUCUGUAUGAUGCAGUCCAAUGCCGAUUUCAUUCCAAACUUCGCACAACACGCAGCCAAACUGAGAGAACUGACCAAGAAAAAUAGUCGAUUCACAUGGACGAAAGAACACCAUGCCGCUUACGAACCAUUAAUCGAACGAUUCACAGUAAAUACCCUACUCGAGUAUUUCGACAUGAGCAAGCCAACUUUCAUUUUCACCAAUGCACACACUAUUGGACUUGGGGCCAUGCUGGCACAAGGAGAUACACCAGAGAGCGCAAGACCAAUUGGUAUAGCAUCUAGAACAACAAACAAGGCCAAGCAGAGGUAUCCACAAAUCGACCUUGAGGCCCUUGGUAAUGAUUUUGCUCUACGACGAUUUCGCAACUAUAUCCUUGGUUCCCCAACAGAUAUCCAGGUUAUAACUGAUCAUAAACCAUUAUGCUCUAUCUUCAACGGCAACCGUAAAGGCUCGAUUCGUACAGAAAGAAUAAAGCUCCGCCAUGAAGACAUCAGAUUUACGGUAAUCUACCAGUGUGGGAAAGUUAACCAAUCCGACUACCUAUCCCGACACGCGAAACCCAUCAAGAAACUACCUCGGGAGGAACAAACUGAAGCGGAUGACCUCAAUAAUCUCCUGUACCUACUUCAUACAACACCAGCCAUCGACUGCGUGGGUAUUGGUGCUAUUGCACAAGCCACAAGUGAAGACCAGACUCUGCAAAAGAUAGCGGCACUCAGCAAGAAGGGACAGACUUGA